UCGGGUUUAGUUAUUGUGUAGUGAGAAAUGGAUGCUUGAGAUGAAGAUUUUUAUACUUGUUUCCAUUUUUGGAGGAAUUAGUUUUGGUUCGAUAAAUUCUACACUAAAACAAUCAACUAGCGGGGAGGAUUAUUACAAUUACGAUUACGAUCUUCCCCUUAACACAUCUUCAGAGGGUGGUAGCUAUUCGAAAGCUGACGCUCUAAUACUUCCUGUCCCUGAACUACCAGAAUCGAAAAAUGUGCAUACUUUCGAAAAUGAUGACGACAUCCUCCCAGACGAUUCGCUCGCCGAUUCGGACUUACGAGAUCACAAUUUCAUUGAUAACUUGAUGUACGUCUAUUAUGGACCAAAAAACAAAAACAAUAACAAAUAUGGACCCGAAGUAAUUGUGAUUGGUUCGGUACUUAGUUGCGCUGCUCAACUACUAACGAUAUUCUGUAUACUUUUAAAAAGAAAUCAAGGAGGAAGAAAGGAAAAUUCGAAGGUUUUUCUUCACCUCAUGGGAUGCAUGUGCAUGGCUAACUUGAUAUUCAUGUUGGGAGUUCAUGCCACAAAAAGUGCCGUGAAGUGUGAAAUCGUUGCGGUUUUGUUACAUUAUUUACAUCUAGUUACAGCAUUUUGGAUUUUCCUUUAUUGCCACUACGUAUACCAGCAAUUUUCGAAACAUAUUUGCUCUCCUACGAAAUGUAUGUAUUUCCUCGCGUACGGUCUUCCAAGCCUCAUAUCAUUGACAUCUCUGGUCAUCACUCCAAAUAGUUAUGAAACGAGGAAGUUUUGCUUUGUGUCUGUCCAAAGGGGUAUGCUAUUGAAUUAUAUGUUUCCGGUGUCCUGUCUGAUAGUAGCAACGACCGUUUACGCCUUGAACGGUAUACGCAGGAUAAAUCUCGAACUUUCGAAACUCGACGUAGCGAGUUCUGCCGAAUCGUUAAACAUUUUGAAAAACGAAAUUCUGAACAACGAGAAUGCAAAACACGAAUCUCCUGAAAUCGACGGAGAGAUCGCAAGUCUGAAAGAGUGCAAGACUUGCUUCAAACUCCUGUGCAUUCUCCAAACGUGCUAUGGGAUCGUUUGGUUUUUAGCCGUUACAGCUUUAGAAAAUGCAUACUCUGGAAUUGGCAUUUCAGUUUUCUACGCUCUAUUUUCAUCUGCUUUUAAUUGGUACAUUCUGGCAAGAAUGAAACCUUUGACACCGUCGAUAGUAUGGACAAAAGCGUCAAAUUCCGUAACGAUUCCGUAUUUUGGAGAAAAGGAAAAAGAUUGUGCUAUCGAUAAAAAGCCAAAGGGUCAUGAACAAGAAAUUUCCGAUGACAUACCAUUGCUACCUACUUCAGAGAACUCCUCUAGUAAAAGUAGCCAAGAAUUCAUAAGUACAAUUACUAGUUAAAUAAAUUGAUAAGAAGCACUAAUCCAAUACUACAUACUUGGGGAAAACUUUACACAAGGGUGUGUCUCCUACACAGUCCGAUCACGUUUUUUAUUUUUAAAUGCACAAAAGAAAGGACAAUACCACUACACCUUGUUCGUGUUGUCUUUUCUUACCGUAAUUUAAAUUUAAUUUUAUCAGAUAUUUCAAUUUUAAUAUACUUAAUAUAUUGUACCCAUAGAACUCGUUUCUAUUAUUAAAAGAUUAAAAUUGAAAGAAUAAGUUAAUUGUAUUGUUUCAUUAAAAAUUGCAGUCCUAACAUGAUCAGACCGUUCCUUUAAAAAAUUUAAGAACACGAUGGGACCUUACAAGAGACACUCCCUUCAUUCCCUUUACAUAAACCAUAUAAUUCCUAGCCACAAUAAAAUAUCAAAAUACUCGCAUUUUUAAAAAAGAAUGCUUUAACAGUGGUAUAGCGAGGGCGGAGGGAGUCAUGUGUUUUCUUACAAUAGUUUAUUUUAAAAUAUAGGUUAUAGUAAAAAUUUUUUUAAUUGUAAGUACAGAUCUAGUGAGGAUGAUACCUCUCCAUCCGCCUCUACUUGUGAAACUUAAUAAUUUAAAAUAGUUGAAGGCCUAAUUAUUGUUCGUAAAUACGCAUAAUAUUUUUUAUCACUGUAUUUAUAAUAAAACAAACUGAAAUAGAUUCCUAAUACAUAUAUAAGAUAAACAGAUAAUCAACGUUAUAGGUACCUUGUUACUGGAAAUAGGUUUUUUGAUAGAUUUCUCUUAAAAUAAAACUAAAUGCACCGUAUUAUGACCACUUGUACAUAAUCUUGUUAAUACAGUAGAACCUCUAUAACUCGAACAUCAAGAGGGACGACAAAAAAUUCGAAUUAUAGAGUUUUCGACUUAUGGAGGAUUUUGAUUUGACAGAGCUAACAAACACAUUUUUAUUUAUUAUAAAUCAACAUUAUUUCAAAACAACCUUAAAAUAGAGGGAAAAUAUGUACCAAAAUGACUUGUAUGGACUCACUGAUUAUUUCGACUAAUAGAGGGUUGAG